AUGCAGAUACUUGGGGGAUACUUAUUCUCGCUCGAUGCUAUCGCAUCAUGGGCCAGAACUCAGGGUAUCCCACUGCCCACGGGUGACGGUUACCUUUCCAAAGCUAGCUACAGCGAUGUUAUCAGCGAGUGGAUCGUCAAGAAGAACAAAGAAAUCCCUGUGAUUUCCACGGUCUAUCCCCGACUCAGAUACCAAACGACCGAGGAAGCAGAUGCCAAUUUCCGAGUUUUCUUCGUGAUCAUGGCUCAAGAUCAGCCUCGUGCCACGCGACGUAGAUACAAUGUUAUCAAAUUCGACGAUACGCAUCAGGGUAUCCAAAAGAACGUGGAAUGGCUGCAGAGUGUAGGUUUGCCCUUGAAGACGACGACGGUGGGAGAGGCGAAUAAGUGGGCUGAAGAAGGUGCUUGGUACUCAGUACCUAACAAUGACCUAUUGCGUUUCCCGACGGAGCGGACGGGACCUCAAACACAGCAGAAGUUAGAUUUGUGGGAUGCUUUCACUGGCAUUGACGUGAAGAAAGAUUAA